AGCCCAACAAUCAUGCCUCUUGCACGCCGCUCCGCUCCCCGUACUGCCCGUACCACCCGCACUACCGCACGCCCCUCUCUCAAGACCCGCCUGAUGGGAGGAGGCCGCAACACACGCACUCACACCAAGCGUGCCCCCGCUGGUACUACUACCACUACCACCACCACCACCAGGACCACCCGCACUACUGGUGGUCGCCACGGUCACGCCGCCCCAGUUCACCACCACAAGCGCCAUGCCACCAUGGGUGACAAGGUCAGCGGUAUGAUGAUGAAGCUUAGGGGCUCCCUCACUCGCAGGCCCGGUCUCAAGGCUGCUGGCACUCGCCGCAUGCAUGGAACUGAUGGCCGCAAUGCCCGCCGCGUCUACUAGACUUUCGAGUCGAUCCAGCGGCAAUAUUUCCUUCAUGUAUUAAUAGUGUUGUAACGAUUGUACGAUAUGAGGACAGAUACCCGAUAUUUUGAGCGUUUAGCAUGCAAUAAACUGUUCAAACUUUAA